UUGAAAUAAGCUGUGUAGGUCGCCAGUCGAUUUGAAUUGCUACGCUACAGAAAUUAGUAAGCGAUGGAAGAAAUUGGGUUAGCACCACAAGUUACAAAGGAACUUGAGAUAACUGAAAGUUCGGGAAUAAACUUUGGGCAUAUAGAUCCUCUCCAGCUGAGCGAGGAAGAUCUGUAUGUAAAACUGAAGGUCCUUGAAAAGCAAAUUGAGUUCAUUCAGGUACAAGAAAACUAUAUCAAAGAUGAACAGAAAAAUUUAAAAAAAGAGUAUUUGCAUGCCCAAGAAGAAGUCAAGCGUAUCAAAAGCGUCCCUCUUGUUAUUGGACAGUUUCUAGAAGCUGUCGAUCAGAGCACCGGUAUUGUAGGAUCCACAACCGGUUCGAAUUACUACGUUCGAAUAUUAUCUACAAUCGAUCGCGAGCUGUUGAAGCCAAGUGCCAGCGUCGCUCUCCACAAACACAGCAAUGCUUUGGUUGAUGUCCUUCCCCCAGAAGCAGAUAGUAGUAUCACGAUGCUUCAGGCUGAUGAGAAACCCGAUGUAUCCUACUCUGAUAUUGGUGGUAUGGAUAUGCAGAAGCAGGAAGUGAGAGAAGCUGUUGAAUUGCCUUUAACUCAUUUCGAAUUAUACAAGCAAAUUGGGAUUGAUCCACCUAGAGGUGUCCUAAUGUAUGGUCCUCCAGGUUGUGGGAAGACAAUGUUAGCCAAAGCAGUCGCGCAUCAUACUACUGCCGCUUUUAUUCGUGUUGUUGGAUCGGAAUUUGUCCAGAAGUAUCUGGGAGAAGGUCCUCGAAUGGUUCGGGAUGUGUUUCGUUUGGCUAAAGAAAAUGCUCCAGCAAUCAUAUUUAUCGACGAAAUCGAUGCUAUCGCCACUAAGCGGUUUGAUGCUCAAACUGGAGCUGACCGUGAAGUACAGCGUAUCCUAUUAGAACUGUUGAACCAAAUGGACGGAUUCGACCAAAACGUAAAUGUGAAGGUUAUCAUGGCUACAAAUCGUGCUGAUACAUUAGACCCAGCACUUUUGCGCCCUGGUCGACUUGAUCGCAAAAUCGAAUUCCCAAUGCCAGAUCGUCGUCAAAAACGCCUUAUUUUUUCAACUGUCACCAGCAAAAUGAAUCUCAGUGAUGAUAUUGACUUGGAAGAUUAUGUUGCACGACCAGAUAAGAUCUCUGGUGCAGACAUCAACGCUAUUUGCCAAGAGGCUGGAAUGCAAGCAGUUCGAGAAAAUCGUUAUGUUGUUCUAGCAAAAGAUUUUGAAAAAGGUUACAAAAAUAGUUUAAAGAAAGAUGAACAAGAACUGGAAUUUUACAAGUAGCCAAAUUUCACCUGUUUUGAUGACUAUACCGUAAUAUAAGAAUUGUAACAACAUCUCUAAUCUCUCAUAGUGCGUGUAAAUAAAUUUGCUAAAACAAUA